ACGGUGGAAAAAAUGUCAAUAAAAACAAACUCUGAAAGUGACUUGGCAAAAGUGAUUUUAGGCGGUGCAGCUUUAUGAAGACUUGUGCGCAUUACCUGUCGACUCAAUCUUAAGUGUUAAUCGCAAAUAGUUUCCUUGUCGCCUGAAAUUAUCAUGAGGAGGAGAGAAAGACAUCUACUAUCGGUUCAGUGAUUUGAUGUAGUGCAAUGGAGAUAUGUUGCUUCCUGAUCAAACAUACGAACAGGUUUUAAGUGGCCAAGAAAUUGUGGCCUCAAUAGGACAUCUGAAAAAACUGCUCGAGCUCGAGUCAUCUGAAGUGGCGAAGAAAAUAUUAUUAAUUGAUGUUAAGAGACCAAUUGAAGAGUCAUCUAAAGGCGAUUGUCAUGGUGAAGAUAGACAUGAGCCACAUCGAAGCAUGGAUAAUGGCGGUGAAGCGAUUGAGAGCGAAUGUGCCAUUAGUAGGAGAUCAAUUGAAUUAUCGGCGACAUCAUCGUCUGAUCAGACAAGGAAUGACGACACAGAAGACGAUUAUGACGAAUCGGGAGAGUGUGAUGAUGAUCUAUUGCAGGGAGAAGAGAAAAUUAAAACGACAGAAAAUCAUUCGAGAUCUAAUUCACCGAAGGACUUUGAGAGGACAACAAAUUUCUUCAACAACAUCCCCGAAUUUUGCGGUCAACCGCUCAGGCCAUUCACGCGUCCUGAGAAUAGUUCCAAAGAGCCUCAUCAGACCAAUUCCGUGCACACCAAUUUGGACAUCCUCCGAGCAUGCGAGAUGUUCCUGUACAAGCAUCGCAUCAGGCCUGACUUCUUCUGUCGCUACAAGAAGGCCAUGGACGCCUCUCUUUCCGCCCCACCCUCAUGGCGACUUUCGCGGUGUCGCAGUCCAAGGCAGGAGUUGGCAAGGAAGCCACAGAGCAAUUCGCCGCCUGAGCAGCGUUCCUACUCCAGGAUGCAUCGCUUCCAGAAGGCUACGGCCAUCUAUACACUACCGCUGCGUGGCAGAGGAUCGCGGCGUAGUGUUCAGUCAUCAACAGGUGAGUGAAUUCAUCAGAAGAGAAAAUGCUUCUAGGGACACGAGUAGUCACGGUAAAGUGUAUAAUCAAUUUUUAUCACCCACUGCUAUC